AUGCCUAGCAUUCAAUUGGAGUCGUCCGACCACGAAACUUUCGAUGUUGAUGUACAACUUGCAACACGUUUUGGUAUUAUUAAAACCUUGCUGGAAGUCUAUAGAAUGGAAGACUGUGAUAAUAUUAUUGUGCCUUUGCCAUAUGUUGAUGCGGUCACGUUACGAAAAGUAUUGGAAUGGGUCUGUUAUCACAAGGAGGAUAAGUCUACCGGUGGUCAUGAUGAUGACGAACAGAAGCCAACUGAUAUUUUAGCAUGGGAGGCUGACUUUCUUAACAUAUGCCAAGUCGAUCUAUUCAAAUUGAUGUUAGGUGCAAUGUAUCUGUGUGUGAAGGAUUUGAUUGUUGCUAUUUGCAGAUCAAUAAUUCGAAUCAAUGGUAAUCUCCAACCUAUAAACUGA